GGGAGGAAGUCAGGAGACUGCCUGCCUGUGACAACCGUGUCAGGGAAAAGCACCGCUAUAAAAAAAAAGGCCGGACUUCAGCUGUAACUCUUGCCCUUUUCGGUGAAGAAUAAGACGCUCAAACCGCCGCUGACAUGUCGAAGAACACCGUGUCCGCCCGCUUCAGGCGAGUGGACGUGGACGAGUACGACGAGAACAAAUUCGUGGACGAGGAGGACGGAGGAGAAAACCAGCUGGGUCCUGACGAGGCAGAGGUGGACUCCCUCAUCAGGCAAGGAAAUCUUAUGGAGGCUUUGCAUGCAGUUCUGAAGAACCCGCCAAUCAACACAAAGAACCAGAACGUCAAGGAUCGUGCAGAGGGUUUGGUGCUGAAGGUGCUCAGCGCCUUUAAGAGCAGUGACAUUGAGAAAGGGGUGCAGUCCCUCGACAAGAACGGCGUGGACCUGCUGAUGAAAUACAUCUACAAAGGCUUCGAGAGGCCGUCAGAAAACAGCAGCGCGGUCCUGCUGCAGUGGCAUGAAAAGGCUCUGGCAGCUGGAGGAGUGGGCAGCAUCGUCAGGGUCCUAACAGCGAGGAAGACGGUCUAAAAGAGGAGCGGAGGUCUGAUCAGCUCUCUCCACAUCGCUGACAGAUACAGGAGGGCUGCAUCUGUUCUGUACUGUAUUGUAAUCUAACAGACAGCAUAGGGACUCGAAGGAGCAACUGUUUUUUAACCCGGUGUAAGACCCUGCCGCGUUUCAGGCUAGACUGAAAAAGAAAGAGAAAUCUGGGUCACGUUCGGUUAAAAAAUGGCUUUUCUUCUUUCUUCCUAUGCAUAGUCACAGCCUACUUAAUUGUAUUCCUCACAGGGUGCUACAGAUAACUUCAGCCCCCAUGUGUCUGUGCUGUGUCACUGAUCUAUUAACACCCCCCCCCCCCACCUCUCUCCAUGUCAUUCCUGUACAGUAUACGCUCAUUGUGCGCACCAGUGGCUCCCAACCUACAACGCAGGCCAACACGAAAUUCUCUUUAUUUUCUGAAUGACUGGAUCUUUUUACCUCUCCACGCGUCUAAAAACCAGUGGACGUGUGCGACAGUAGACCACCUAUGAUUUUUUUAAGCGGUCACACAAGCCAAAAAGGUUGGGAGCCACUGCUACACACAGUGCCGACACCCUCGUGUGAACGAACACAACAGGCGUGACUCCCAGCAGCGCGUCCCCCCCGUUGACUUCCACACAAACACACAGACGGCUUCAGCUUCGUUUCUCUCAGGAAACCUCUCUCAGCGUUUGUUUUUCCGUCACUCUCUUGUGUUCUGUCUGCAGUAGAGACUUCCUGGUGGAAUGAAAGCCUGAUUCUCUGUCAGUAAAUCCUCUCACUGCCUCUCGAUAUCACACUUCAGCAGCGGGACUCUCCUGAAAAGCACAGUCACAGAUGGAAAGGGGGUGGAUUUGCUCACGGGGGUCGCCGUGCCACCCAGAGGAGUGGGGGGUUGGCGUCAUCCAUCCUUUUCAUGCUGCCUGCUGCCCCAGUUAAGGAUUAUUACCCACGAUGCAUCUCCACCACCACUCUUAUUAAUCCCACUUUGCUGUUCGUCACAUGCUGUGUGUGUCUGACGUCUCUCUGUGCUUCUGGACAGGAUGAGGCUGUUUAUAGGAGCUGCAGUUUGUCUGUACUUUCAGGAAAAUGACCCUGAGAAUCCUUUCUCAGAUUGCUUUUUUUAAUUUUGGUAUUUAACAGAAAAAUAAUCCAGGAUUAAAACAUUUUCCUCUUGGUUUUGUUAUCGUUUUAUAGUAAUGAUUUUUUGCCUCAAGGUCAAAUCCCUGCUUGACUGAAAUGAGAAACGCAGCUUAAAAGGGCUGACAGUAUCAGGAGAGACUGAGAUAAGGUGAAUAUUUUGUCUCUCUGAAAACAGACAGGGAAUUUUGCGUGAUUUAAAAAAAAAAGAAAAAAAAUUGGCGUUUGCAUGAUCCCACUUUCGAGAGUUUAAGUAUUUUCUCAAGCAUUUCAUACCUGU